GUAGUAUGUUGCAGGUUAUGUAAACUGCUAUCAACCACAUGCAUGUACAUGAACGUAGAGAUACUAGCUACAUACUCUACGAGCACUGAUAGCUAGCUAGCCUACUGUACUGUUGUUCUCUAUAUAGUGUAGUGGGACAUGUUGGAGCAAGAAUUGGCUGAAAUACUGGAUCAAGUUCCCCACAGAUACAGCCCAAAGGUCAACUGAAACAUCAAAAUAUGGCUGACGGGCUAACUGGACAUUCCAUCACUCUCUCGACACACCAAUGCUCUAUUAAGGGUGGAGAGAGACUCAUGAUCAGCUCCUCUGAGCCCCUCCCCUCAGGUGAUCUCCACCUGAUGCUGAGAGGGAGUGCCGUCUCUCACAGACUACCCACUGAAAGAGUCAACCCAUCCUGUCUCCUCGUAUCUCUGCCAGACCACCCACUACUUGAGACGGUGGAGCUCUCGUUAAUGGCAGGGGACUCCCUCCUCUACCACUCCCCCUUCUCGUAUGUGAUGGAUCGUUCCCAGUUUAUUGAAGAGCUUCUGAGGAGUGUUCGAGAAUGCAGGCCCCUCCAGACCAACUCCAUGCCUCCCUUGAGCAGCCAGGACGCACUGCGAGAGUUUGACCAGGCCCUUGUCAGCUCAAUGAGGACCGUUAGUUUCCCCCCGGAAUGGAGCCUAGUGGGCAGACCAGAUUGCUCUCAGAAUAAGACCCUCCUUCAUUUUGCCGUCCGUCAUGGUCUCAACUGUCUCUCACAGUACCUCCUCUCAUUGCCAGGGGCAGCGGAGGCCGUCGUUCUCCCAGAUACUCGGGGACAACUGCCAAUUGACAUUGCUCGUAGCCAAGGCAACGAGGGACUGGCACAACUACUGAUAAUGUACAUGAGUGAGGUGGACUCCAAUGGUGUGGUUGGGGAUAGUCCCCUGAGCAGUCCCUCCAGACUGAGGGCCUACGCACAGCCAGCUCAAGGUGACGAUUUGGACAAGUUCAAGGAAAUCAACAGCCAGUGGACUAAUCAGGUGAAGCGAUUCAGGCACCUCACUCACACCUCUCUCACGAGCCUAGACCACCCCCUCACAAAUGGCUCCACACACACACCCCCGCCCACACGUCACAUUCCCAUGAGAAGGCGUCGGAGUUCGAUAGCCACCAUGGACGUGGGGGAUGUGCAGUUUGUGCCUUCCACCCCCAUCAAAGCCAUACAAGUGAACUCCCGUGAUCCUCGGCUGGCGGCAAUGGAUCGCUCCAGGAAGACGUCUUGGUCACAGGUGGUGGGAUCAAGCGAGUGUCGAUCUAUUGACACGGGCCUCAAUGAACUCGACCGAAUAUCUGCGGAGGAGGCUAUACAGGAACAGCUGGUGCAGGUCAAGGCGGAGCUUGUGCAGCUCGACCAGAAGAAACAAGACCCCUCCCAAUCAAACCACCACCUCCGGCUCACAGACUCACAUCUUGGAGUCAUGUAUCGACUGAGUGCCUCCUGUCCUCAACUCAACGAUGAGGAGGAUGAUGACUCAGAAGUACCCAGUGCUUUCCUAUCAGCGGCGACCUCCCCUGGUGCUCGAUCAAUCAGCCCUGGCUCAGACCCCCCACAGUCACCCACCGAAGAAGAGACCCCCUACAUGCGCUCGAUCUCGGGUCCAAUACCUUAUGUCGUCACAACUGAAUACUCUGAAACUCUGGACUCGAGCGAAACUCGUGCCCGACAAACUUACUCCGCGUAUGAUAUCCAAGAAGGAAACAGGCUCCGGCAGACGUCUAAUAGCCCGACCUUAAUUGAAGUUACGGGGCCUAAUGUGGAGGAAUCGAUUUUUGAACAUCGUCCGUUGACUCAGUCCUCUCCUGGUUCAAGCACUGUUCGAUCAGAAGACGAAUACGUAAUAGUAUCAUCGAAUAUGAGCUCAAACUGCACACCGGAACCUGAACUAGAACUAUCAAACAGUGAUUUACUAACACCUGUGGGGACCCCUAUCGACCCGACGGACAUGCCCAUGCGAAUACCCACUCCCAUCAACUCUACGGCUCGUUAUAAAGCACACCGUCGAAGUUUAAGCUCUUCAGAAAUAGAGAUAAUGGGGUCAAUAGGCCCGGACGCUUCCACCUCUUCCUCAACUGGUUGGAACACUCCGAUUACAAGUAUUGAAGAAAAUAAUUUAUCGACACAAAAUUCUUCUACUGCUGAUCUCGAGGAUCGAUCUCGAGCUAGCAGCCUGCUCACCAACGAUACAUGCAGCAUGCACGAAUCAGGAACAAGCGAGGAAGAAGUAGAACAUUUGGGGACAACCAUCAAAGGAAGUAUUUCGUUGUAUCAGAUUGAAAAUGCGAGCCCCACUAAACAGGAUUUAUUGUACGAGGCCAGCGAUUCUGUGAACGAAGUUGUGAUACGAGAUUCAAACAAGAGGUUGAGGCUUAAAGCUGCUAAAUAUAAUCGAUACUCUGCUGACUUCCUUAUCUCAAACAUGGAGGAUUGCAACGAAGAGACCUCCUUAAAGCAACGUACCAACAGCUCUGAUGUGUUGGAUUCCACUCCUGAUGAGUCACAAACUACUCUAAAACCAUCGCCACUGCUUGAUCCUACUAAUGACAGCACUUUUCCAAAUCACUCAGAUUUAAGCCCAUCCGAUGUUGACGUCUCUUUCAAGAGCGGAGAAAACUCUCUAGAAAACUCACAAUCAGCACUUUUUUUCAAACCCACCGGAUCUCCCAAAACCAUCAAAAAACGGAAAAACAAAUUGCCUAAUAAUCUGAUGAGAAGCUCGACCAUUUCACACACCAAAUUUGACAAAAAAACGCGUGGCUUGACCAAGGAGAAGGUUGGGCCCACCAUCAGUGCUCUAAAGGACCUCCUAAAGCCUGCCUCUGAUAGCGAGGAGAGUGACCAUCAACACGACUCUGUGUUUGAAUCAAGUCACGAUGAAGCUACACAAUUGAGACAGACUGAGGAGCCUCAACCACGACGAGUGUCCAGUCCAUGGCUGCAGAAUGAAACUGCACCUCCUGAGCUGGAGGAUAAUGAGUGUUCUAGUCUGGACUUCACUCCUAGCUCCCCACUGGUGAGGGACAAGAGUAGAAAGACCAUCCCCUCACCACUUUCCAUCGAGAACAAAAAGCAUGACAAAGAAAACCUUUCAGGCAGUCUCAGUCCUGUGUCACCCCCUGAAGAAGAGACUAGUAAAAACCAAACGUCGACUAUCACCAAUUCUCCUAGUAAAGGGUCAACAGUGGUGGUACGCUUUUGUGACAAAGAAGUCUGUCCUGUCAACGAGGAUAUAUUUCUCCCUAAAGAGAAAGAGAAAGGAAAAUGGAGGGAAAAAAUCUUUGGUGCACCAAAACUUUCGAAAAAAUCGCUUUCCAAAGACCUGUCAAGAAGCCAAGAGGCCGCCGAGCUAGAGAUGAGUGGCAAACAGAAUAGACCACGGUCGGGGAAAAGACACAAAUACGAAGAAGUAUUACUGAAAUAUGUAGCACCUAAGGAAUACGAGCCGAGUACGACACAACAACCUGUCAGUCCGACGAAUAUCAAUAGAUCGACCAGUCUCCAAGUAGGGAUAAAUGACAUUGGCGCUGAGCAAACCUCACAAAAUCACUCCACCUCUCACAAUCGCUCUAUCAGUGUUACGGUCAACGAUACCUCCAAGUUCUCCUCACCAAAACGACAGUCGGAACACUCUAUGGUCUCCCCUGUUAAGACAUCAUCUAGUGGUACUGGCCUUAGCACUGUGGAGGAGGUCCCCAACGAUUCCAACAGCAACCCCUCUCCCUAUCUUCUACAGACUACCUCCCACGCUGGACCCCCCAGUGGGGAAUCAGAGAACGAGCAAGAAGAAAUACAUGUAGUGCGCACACUAUCUGUGAGUCAUCCUGUGCUUCGAAUACAAGAGGAAUUUACGUGGGAUAAAACCGUAGAUCGGAGACUGUACAAGAAAUUGACCAAGGCUGAGAGAGAGAGACAAGCUAUACUCCACGAGUUGUUGCAAACUGAACAGAAUCACUUCAGAUCUCUACAUGUGUUGAAGUUGGUGUUUAGACAACAGAUGACAAAGGUAGCUUCGGAGGAGACCAUUGCCCAGCUGUUUCCAGAGCUUGAUAACUUGAUUGAUAUCAGCGAUGGAUUUCUCAAGGAACUCAAGAGUAAAAAGAACGAAACUGAGGAUAUCAUGAUUGACGAUUUGAGUGAUGUGCUAUUGGAACAAUUUACAGGGGAGAAACAACAGCAGAUGCUGCAUUCAUUUGGUGUGUUUUGUAGUGCACAUCUCAACGCAACAGAAUUCUUCAAAGAGCAGAUGAAAAAGAAAUCUUUCUCUCGGUUAAUCAAGCAGUUGAACACCCUCAAAGAAUGCCAGCGACUAACUCUACCUGAUUAUUACCUGGCCAUCUCACAACGUCUCUCGAAACUACUCACUCUUUUGAAACGUCUGUCAAAGAAAUCAGAAUCGCUGCGACUAGACCAUGCCCCCAGGGUGCGCGAUAGCCUUAGGGGACUGGAGGAGUUAAUAACGAAUGUGGACACAAUGGUUGAUGACAAUAAGAUGAAGAUGGAAGUGGAGGCCAUUCAGAGUAAAUUAGAGUUGCCACGAUCGACCAAGUUUAAGCAUCGGAAGGAGAGACUUAAUUUCUGUCUUACAACUCCGGAGAGAAAACUGCGCAAGAGGGGACUGGCCGUCUGGAUUGGACAUGGGAAGGAAAUUGCUGUCCAUGUGAUCCUAGUAACUGACAUGGUGGUGCUCCUCACAGAGAGAGACCAACGCUUCCACCUAGCAUCACUACUGGACCACAAGCCACCUGUGAUCCGAUUGUUUGACCUUCACGUGAGAGUGAAUGUGUCCGUCAAGACGGGGGUGCAGCUGUUACUGCUGGAGAAGGGGACUUCCCCUGAAAUGUUUCGACUGGAGUUCUCUUCAAAGAAGUUGGCCAGAGAGUGGGAACUUGCUUUGAACACUGCCAUCGAUAUCUGCAAGGAGAAAGGACUCAAGUGUGAGUACUUUGGAGCUGAGAAAGUUGUGGCUGGAGAAGAGGAGGAAGUAAAAGAAGAGAGUGAUAUUGAAGAAGACCCUAAUCCAAUAUCAAAGAGAAUGUUGAGAGCUAGAGAAUCGCUAGCACAGGCCACAAAACUACUCCUACCCGCGUCUACUACUACUACUACGUUAGGUGACUCAUCUCGUCACCAUGGAAUCGCCACCAUUCAUGUAGCUCGGACAGUGUCCCAUGAGCCAUUCAAAGGUCGAAAUCGCGCACAAACCGUGCAGAGACCGAAAACAGCUUUUUUCAACGAUGAUGAGUCUGGAUCGUUUGCCAAUCCCGUUGGAGAUCAUGUGAUCUCAGCGCCCAUCCCACCUGUGAAAGUUCCUAAAGUGAAGGCAGAAAAGAAAAAAGUGAGGUUAGACCGAAGCUCGACGUUUCGCAACAAAGAGAAGGAGCGAGAUAAGAGUGCAGGGGGUGGUGGAGAGGGGGAGGGGUCAUUCAAGGUCCCUGAGCAACAGUACAUCAAGUGUGUCAUCACCCUCAAGGACAGCCUGCAGGAAAUGAUGAACAUGUGUUCGGAGAAGGAUGAGGAGAUAUCCAAACUUAGAGAUGAGGUGAUCACACUUCGAGAAUCAUUGCAGCAAUUAUCACCUGAGGACAACCUGUUAAUUCCGUCCCGUCUCUCUCCUCGUACCUCACCACCCCAGCCACGCCCACACUCUGUCCACUUUGACGCGGGAGGUCUACACUCUCAGAGCGAAUUGUUGCUGAGAGACAAGACCCCCAGUGAUGACGAAACACCCAAUGGGAGCCAGCUAUGUCUGAACGAAGACUGACAGUGUGUGUGACUAUGUGACUAUGUAUGUGUGUGUGUGUGUGUGUGUGUGUGUGUGUGUUUGUAGUUUGUGUAGUUAAAUCACCAUGCAGACGGUAGCAUUUUUCUUUCACUAUUGAUCGAGUCACACCUUCUUUUAAUUUCUUUUCCUUCACUUUGAGUGUUUGUGUGUGUAGUCAUGUGAUGUACGAAUGUAUUAUUGUGGAUUGACAA